CACUGAGCGUCUGCGGCGCCGUCUUCACAAUGGAGCUGGUCGCCUGCAAUACACACUACCGCAGAUGCUACCACGGCGAGACAAAGACAGCAACACAGAUCUUUGUCCUCGAAAAACACAGUCACUUUAGAGGAACCAUCCACGGAUCCACAGCCACAGAUCUGGCACCCGUAUAGGGUCGAACGUAUACCUUUUCAAGACCAUCUGGAGCUUUCUUUCUCAAAGACACGACUCUACGACAAUCACGUACCGUAAUAUCUAAUCGCUGCCAAAACCACCAUGUUCACCAUCACCAUCACCAAUGCAAUCGCACUCUACAUCUCCGUUCUAUUCCACACCAUGUUCGCACCCAGCCAUGCGCUCCCUAAUCUCCAGCGCCGCGGCCUCCCCGGAGCUGUCUACACCUGCGCCGGCGAGAACUUCUCCGGGGGCUGCGGCUGGUCCCUCCCAACAACAAACUGUCGCAUCGCGACCGCGGAAUCAAUAGGUCCCGACCCCGGCGGCUAUUGCACGCUGUACAAAAACUUCGACUGCACCGAGUCCGUCCGCACCUUGCGCUUCCCUGGCGUCUCGUCUGGCCUGCCGGAGUACAUGUCCUUCAAGUGCGGCGUCGGCGUGGGGAUUUCGGGGACUGUUGCGCCUCAGGCGAAUGCGAAUGCGGAUCUCAGCCUUAAGGCGUUACCGGCGGAUAGGCUGGCGGGCGGUGUGGGGAGUGAGGAGAGGAAGAAGCAUUUGAAGGAGCUGCAGGCUAUGGAGAGGGAUGGGUUUAGUGAGGGACUGAUUGGGUUGAAGAAAGAUAUGUAUUAUUAG